AUGAACAUAGUCUAUGAUAGGGCUAUCUUCCACCGAUUCAACAACUUACCUCAAGUCCGUGAACUCAAACAACGACUAGAGACUCCAAGUAAUGAAACAGAUUACCUCUUUACAAUACUUCGAAAUGACCAUUUGAAUGGUGUACCGAGCUCCGAGUAUCGAUUGGAAUUGGUGGUUGAAAACCAAAGAGGUAUGAAGGUAUUGGGGAUCCCCUUAUACUCAGGGAAAACCCUUAUCCCCAAGAUGGAUCCGACAAACUUUCAACAAUUGAGCGGAGAUAACUUGUAUCUGCUUGGAGAUUUAUCUCAAUUCCCCUUAUCUGAUUUUGGAUGGGAAUGGACUUGGCCUGAAUGGUAUGUGUUGAUGGCCAGUGAUGUUGACGAAGAAGGAUGGGUUUAUUCCCGACUAUUCUUUGCAAGUAAACACUGGAAGGGGAAACAUUACAUGGGCCAUUUCAUUAGAAGGCGAGUAUGGAUACGAUUACGAAAUAAGGUGCCUGCUACUGGUGAUGUUAAAGAUGAAAUUGGUGGUCAGUUGACAGUCAAUGCAUAA